UUUUAUGCAGACUGUUGCUUCUGAGGAACUAGUGACUGCAAGUGAUUUUUGAAAGAUUUGAGAGCAGCUUCUGUUUAAGAUUAAAUGUCAAAUGAUGUGGAAGAUCCUAAAGGUGGAGAUGCCAGAAUUUCUUUGGAUGCUUCUUCACCGUCUCCUAGUCACCAACCAAGUUGGUAUAGUGGCUUACUUGAGCAGGCAUCGGUUUAUGGUAUAGCUGCAGGGUACUGUCUUUCAGCAUCGUUGCUCUCCAUCAUUAACAAGUGGGCCAUAAUGAAAUUUCCUUACCCCGGAGCUCUAACUGCAUUGCAGUACUUCACAAGUGCAGCUGGAGUUCUCAUGUGCGGAUGGCUCAAGCUUAUAGAACACGAUAAACUUGAUCUUCUAACAAUGUGGCGAUUUCUACCUGCAGCAAUUAUAUUCUACUUAUCUCUUUUCACGAACAGUGAGCUUCUCCUCCAUGCCAAUGUUGAUACUUUUAUUGUCUUCAGAUCAGCAGUCCCCAUCUUUGUUGCAAUAGGAGAGACCCUCUACCUGCACCAGCCGUGGCCCGCAAUGAAAACGUGGUUUUCACUUGGUACAAUAUUUGCUGGUAGCGUGCUCUAUGUCAGUACAGAUUACCAGUUCACGCUUACAGCUUACAGCUGGGCAGUGGCCUAUUUAGUGAGCAUGUCUAUUGAUUUUGUUUACAUCAAGCACGUGGUUAUGACGAUUGGUCUAAACACAUGGGGCCUUGUGCUGUACAACAAUCUUGAGGCUUUGCUGCUUUUUCCUAUAGAGCUGCUUAUCAUGGGUGAAUUAAAGAAAAUUAAGCAUGAAAUUGAGGACGAGUCUGAUUGGCACAGCUUUCAAGUGGUGUUACCAGUAGCCCUGUCGUGUUUGUUUGGUUUAGCCAUCUCUUUCUUUGGAUUUUCUUGCCGUAGAGCAAUCUCUGCUACGGGAUUUACUGUUCUUGGCAUAGUUAAUAAACUUUUGACAGUGGUGAUAAAUCUAGUUAUAUGGGAUAAACACUCCAAACUUAUUGGAACAGUGGGGCUGUUGAUCUGCAUGUCUGGUGGCGUUAUGUACCAGCAGUCUACAAGUAACAAGCCCAAGGCUGUGAAAGAUGUAAAUCCACAAGAAGCUGACGAGGAGGAGCAACAGAAGCUGAUUGAAAUGCAAAGCAACACGCAGAGCAGUGACAAUCAGAAGCAAGGUAUAGAAUCCGGAGAUGGGAAACAAUAACUCAUUCUUGGAAUUUCUUUCUUCAUUCUUUUGUUGAAUAUUCAAUUAUAAGCUUCAUGGAAACCAUCCUCUUAAUUUAAGUGCCAGAUGGGGUAACUUCCAGAUCAUUGUAAUAGGAAGCAGCUUUUGCGAAUGGAAAAGCAAUUGUAGAGAUGUGAUUUGUUCUUUGUUUUCACGGCUACAAACUCAACAGCCUAUCUCAACUGACCAAAACUGCAUAUUGCGUCUAUUCAACAUAGUUUACAUUCCUCUUCAAAAAUUCUUAAGUGAGCUACUUUCGUCAUUCCAAAGGUGGGAGAUGGCAGAUGAAUAUUUGAACUAUUCUAAUAUGCAGAUCUGUCCGUAAGACAUGUUUGGAAGGGACCAAGGACUGCUCUUCUAACUAAUUUGUCGACGUUGAGAUAAACACCAUCACAAUGUUCUAGAUAGGAAAAGACGGCAGGAGAGGAGGUUGGGACCAGGGUGGAGGGAGUUGUCUCGCUAUUAUGUUCAAAUUGGGCAACUUUGUGUAAGCUGCUGCAUCUUUUUGUCAUAUUAUAUUUUGUCCUUUGUAUAUCCUUGGGACCUACCCUAGUAAAUGAAUUGAAAAGAGAAUAUUUCAAUCAAGCAGCAUGGGGAGAAAGUUCA